AGCCUGGCUGUCAACUCAGAAACCAAAUCGUCCUGUAGGCCCAGCGAGGGGCGGCUCUGAGAGCAGGAAGCCAGAUCUUUCGCCGCCGCUGCUGGCUGGUAAGAGUCGCCAUGACCAGCUAUCCGUACUGGCAGGGUUCCCCAGGAGCUGCAGGACAGGUGUCUGGAGCUCCUCCUGGUGGCUGCUACCCUGGACCUCCUCAUGGUGGAGGGCAGAGUGGCAGUGGACUCCCCCCUGGUGGUGGUUACGGGGGUCCUGCCCCUGUGCCCGGAGGGCCCUAUGCACCAUCAACUGGUGGAGGGCCCUCUGGAACUCCAAGAGGACCAUAUGGUGGUGUGGCUCCAGGGGCCCCCUAUGGUCAGCCACCUCCAAGUUCCUAUGGUCCCCAGCCAUCUGGGCCUUAUGGACAGGGUGGUGUCCCUCCCAAUGUGGAUCCUGAGGCCUACUCCUGGUUCCAGUCAGUGGACACUGAUCACAGUGGCUACAUUUCCAUCAAGGAGCUGAAGCAGGCCCUAGUCAACUCUAACUGGUCCUCGUUCAAUGAUGAAACAUGCUUCAUGAUGAUAAAUAUGUUUGACAAGACCAAGUCUGGCCGUAUUGAUGUCUAUGGUUUCUCAGGCCUGUGGAAAUUCAUCCAGCAGUGGAGGAACCUUUUCCAGCAGUAUGACCGGGACCACUCUGGCACUAUUAGCCAAAUGGAACUGCAGCAAGCUCUGGCCCAGAUGGGCUACAACCUGAGUCCUCAGUUCACCCAGCUCCUGGUUUCCCGCUACUGCCAGCGCUCUGCCACUCCUGCCAUGCAGCUUGACCGCUUCAUCCAGGUGUGUGUCCAGCUUCAGGUGCUGACUGAGGCCUUCCGGGAGAAGGACCAUGCUGUACAGGGCAACAUUCGGCUCAGCUUUGAGGACUUCGUCACCAUGACAGCUUCUAGGAUGCUAUGACCUAGCCUGCCUAUAUUAAGUGGAACACGCCAAGGACCUUUCCUUGCUUCUUAGGGAAGAAGACGUGGGCCUCUCUUCUUCUCCCCCUCCUAGCAAAAGAUUCUUUUGCCUGAUACAAAACUGUUCCCAAAGAUGAUUGGGAGGCCUGUGUCAGAGCCACCAAAAAGUCCCUGUAGGCAGCCACACAGGAGGCUGCUCAGGAGAGGAUUAGAAGUUGAGUAUCCUGAGCUGUGGGAUGCCACAGACUUGGAGCAGGAGUCUAGUCAGGAGUGGAGUUAGUAUCUGGUUAGCCCUGCCCUGGCCUCUGGCUCUGCUCUGAUGCCAGUGCUAUGUGUUCUGCUGGCCUCACAGUACCACCUUUUCUUCCCAAUCCCAGACCGUCAUGUCAGAUGAGCCCAGUUUCUACAAAGUGGAAUGUGACAGCAUGGGGGAGAUUUGCCUGGGGGACCAGUGACUUGGAUUCCCUGAUACCCACAAUCUUUGUGUGUCAACUUGCAGCUUACCUGAGGCUUUUCCUGCUCAGGAAGCUUGGAUAGUUGCCAUCUGGGCAUUUUUGACCAGGCUAUUGCCCUCUAAAACUUGGACCCCCUCACUGGCCUACCAUGUUCUACUCAGCUUCAGUCCCCAGGGGACAGUUGUCACAUCCUACUGCCAAUGUUGUUUUUAGUUUCCUUUUUGUCUUUUUGUUUGGGGCCAAAAGUCCAGUGAAAUUAUAAGCUUCAAUAAAAUGCUGAAACCCUAAAGUCCCA